UAUGAAUAUUUGCAUAACAUAAGCGGCUCAGGGUUGUGUUUGUUGAGGGGGUACGGUAUUGGGUCUAACUCCAGAAUAAGCAAAGUUUUGAGUAAAUAACUCGGGAUGCGGGAAGAGAACCCCUCCCCAAUGGACAGUGCGGGGAACAGUGAGGAAGAGACGGAUCGUCAACUUCCAAGAAGAGGCUCGAGAAAGCGGCGAGCGGCGCGGAGGAGCACAGAGGACGAAGAGGAGGUGGACACACAGAGUCCAAGUCCCGGGAAGAAGAAAAACAGAAAGAGCUGUGAUGGCGGAGGUGGGAGCGCAGGGAGCAGCGGCAGCGAGGCCAGCAGCAGUCCUGUGCGCUCUUUUGAUGACCUCCAUACCCAGCGCGUGAUGGCCAACAUCCGCGAGAGACAGCGCACACAAUCCCUCAACGAGGCGUUCACGUCAUUACGAAAGAUUAUACCAACGCUGCCCUCGGACAAACUGAGUAAGAUUCAGACUCUAAAACUGGCAGCCCGUUACAUCGACUUCUUGUGCCAAGUUCUUCAAAGCGACGAGAUGGAUGCACGAGGUUCUAGCUGCAGCUACGUGGCGCACGAGAAACUGAGCUACGCGUUUUCGGUUUGGAGGAUGGGGGGAGCGUGGUCCCUGUCCACAACAUCCCACUAGCAGCGUGCUAAACGAAUAGCAUGAUGCUCCAGGCUGCAGACCCAGUCCUGUGUCAGGUUGAAGCAGGUGAGACUCCACUAGGGAAAGUGUCACUGAGCUGUAGGGCCUGCAGGACAGUGGCCCUUUUCAUAUGUCCCUCUGCACAGACUUGAACUAUAUUUGCAAGGGAGCACUUAGGACUAGGCACACAGGAAGAACCAUGAAGAUGAAGACCACUGCGACUAUGAAUGUUGUCCAAAUAGACUCUGAUUUGUUACCAGAGAGAAAAAUGACAAUCCAUUCCACUUUUUCAGCAAAUAUUUAUUUUUUUUUAACAAGUUUGAGAUACCCUGCCACUCAAAUAAAAUGUAUUUAUUGUGGAAACAGAUUGCCACAAGGAGACAUGUGAGUGUUGUAAAUAU